CAUCUGAUCUGAGUCCGAGUAUCAAUCCCUCUACUCAGUUCGUGCCGAGCAUGGCAAUGGGCAAUUGACGCUUCACUUUCUCGGUGCAGAGAAGCGUGAUUGUUUAUUUUAUUUUUUUAACUAGCCAGUAAUUAAUUGUUAACAUAAAAAAUAACCAGCUUUUAUACUUUUAAAUCAACAAGUGAAUGUUUUUAUUUGAUGAUAAUUGUUAUUUUGUUUGUCAAUAUCACACGCCGGAGUAAUGCAACAAAUUUAUUGUUGUUGUUGUUCAAUGACUGAGUGUUGUUUACUGUCCAGGUUCUCGUGACGGUUGAUAUCUAUAUAUAUAUAUAUGUUUGUUGCUGUUAAAAAAAAUAAUAAUAAAUUACGACAAAAUAAGUUAUUACUCUAAGAGGAUAAAAAGCAAUCGCCUGUCAUAGAAAUGUAUGUGAAAAACGUAAAUGCCUUACGGGUUUAGAAUGGCUCUGGGGAAACUGAGGGGCGCCCUCGCUGCCUACAUCUUGUGCACUCUCGUAUCUUCUGCUUUUGGUUCCCCGUUGCUGCUAUUCGCAACUCGAAAAGACAUACGAGUAGCAAAUGUGUCACGCGGCAAUAAAGUCGCAAUGCUUGUCAAAGAUCUAACCCAAGGAGCCGCUUUAGAUUUCUUCUGGGAGAGACGUCUCGUUUGCUGGUCAGACAGCGAGCUAGAGAUAAUCCAGUGCGUUAAAACCAACGGAACUGUACCAGGUGAGAGAUUUACAGUCAUCAAUUCUAAACUGCUGAAACCUGACGGUUUAGCUUGUGACUGGUACACGGGGAAGCUCUACUGGACCGAUUUACUCAAAAAAACCAUUGAAGUAACUAAUAUCGAUGGCCCUCCGCAGCGUAAAGUAUUAUUUUGGACAGAAAUUUUCGAGCCUAGAGCAAUAAUUGUCGUUCCUAUGAGGAGUUUUAUUUUCUGGACAGAUUGGGGGGAUUCCCCUAAAAUUGAACGAGCAGCAAUGGACGGCGAUCCGGAUUCCCGUAGAGUUAUUGUAGAUAAAGAAAUCUUUUGGCCCAAUGCACUGACAGCUGAUUAUGACAACGAAUUGCUCUAUUGGGCAGACGGUCGGCUCAAAUUUAUCGCUGUAGUAGAUUACUCCGGAGAAAAUAAGCGGAUAAUUAUCAAAGAAGGUGUAGAUUAUCCUUAUGCAAUAACUUUCUUUGACCAGAAAUUAUACUGGACCGAUUGGUCCACCUGGUGCAUCCAUUCUCAUGAUCUCAGGUCAUCUGGCAGUCAAUCUCACCCUCGAGAAUUGCUCCACGGUGAAUACAUUCCCGGAGAUAUUGAAAUCUGGGACCCUAAAAGGCAGCCUUACGCUGAUAAUCCUUGCAGACACAACAACGGAAAUUGCUCUCAUUUGUGUCUACUGAGCCGCAAAGCUCCUGGGUACAGUUGCGGAUGUCCCACGGGUAUAAAAUUGAUUAAUAAUUACACCUGUGCAGAUAGGCCGGAAAAUAUGCUGCUAAUUGUUCAGAAGAAAGAAAUGUCUAAAUUGUCUUUAGAUUCUCCAGAUUACACGGACGUAAUUCUUCCACUGACGGGAUUUAAGUGGGCUAUUGCGGUGGACUUUGACCCAGUUGAUGAAAUGUUUUACUGGACGGAUCAGGGAGCUCAUGCGAUAAGAAGAGCGUAUUUAAAUGGGACAGGGCAGGAAGAUUUGGUGACUAGGGAGAUUAUCAAUCCGGAAGGAAUUGCAAUUGAUUGGAUUGCGAGGAAUUUAUACUGGACGGAUUCAGAUAAAGAUAGGAUCCAAGUUGCUAGGCUCAAUGGUACUAAUAGAAAGGUUUUGGUUAAUGAAGAUCUGAUGAAUCCUAGGGCUAUUGCGGUUGCUCCGCAACUUGGGUGGAUGUUUUGGACGGACUGGAGUGUUAAAAAACCCAAAAUUGAACGCAGUAAUCUUGAUGGCAGUGAAAGAAUUUUGCUGGUUAGUAAAGGAAUUUCUUGGCCGAAUGGAUUGGCGCUGGAUGUUGAUAGGAGGAAGGUUUAUUGGUGUGAUGCUAAGACGGAUAAAAUUGAAGUUUGUAAUAUGGACGGGACGAAUAGGAGGGAAAUUAUUACGGAGGAUUUGCCGCAUCUUUUUGGAUUGACUAUUUUGGGGGAUUUUUUGUACUGGACUGAUUGGCAAAAAAGAAGUGUGGAGAGAGCUAAUAAACUCACUGGGGCGGAUAGGGAAAUUAUUAUUGAACCGCUUCCGGAUAUUAUGGGGGUGAAGGCGAUUCAGUUGGGGAAAAUUGAAGGAUCUAAUCCUUGUGGGAAAAAUAAUGGUGGGUGUAGUCAUUUGUGUUUAAAUAGACCGGGGAAUAAUUAUAUUUGUGCGUGUCAAAUUGGGUAUGAGUUGAAGAAGGAUAAAAAAACUUGUGUUAUUCCUGAUGCUUUUCUUUUAUUCUCGAGGAAAGAUAAUAUUGGGAGAAUUAGCAUUGAGAAUGCUAAUAAUGAUAAUAUUAUUCCUGUUACGGGCGUCAAAGAUGCCAGCGCUUUAGAUUUUGACAUAUCACAGAACCGAAUAUACUGGGCAGAUGUUAAAUUAAAAACAAUAUCACGUGCCUUUAUAAACGGCUCGGAAGCCGAGAAAGUAAUAGACUUAGGCCUGGAAUCACCCGAAGGUCUGGCAUUUGACUGGAUAGCCCGUAAUCUCUACUUCAGCGAUACAAGCACCCAAAGAAUAGAAUUAGUCCGCUUAGAAGACAACAGCCGAAAAGUGCUGAUAUGGCAAGAGCUAAUAGAACCUCGCUGUUUAGCCCUGGACCCUCAGCACGGCCACAUGUACUGGAGCGAGUGGGGAAAGUCCGGUAGUAUCGAGCGAGCUAAUUUAGACGGUGCAGAACGUCAAGUAAUCUUGUCAAGCAUCGGACGUACUCACGGAUUAACAAUCGAUCACGACUUAAGACGACUCUAUUGGGCAGACCUUUUUACUCCCGCUAUCAUAAGUUACGAUCUCAAGACCUCCAAUCGUAAAGCCGUAAUUACACAAGACAUCGUUUAUCCAUUUAGCAUUACCCAGCAUCUGGACUACAUUUACUGGACAGACUGGAACACGGGUGACAUUGAGCGAGCAAAUAAAACAACCGGCGCGAAUCGUACAAAGAUUCACGAUAAACUCGAGUCAGUUACCAGCAUUCUCGCGUUUCAUGAAUCGCGACAAGCCGGCUCAAAUAGCUGCAAGCAAAAUAACGGCGGCUGUAGUCAUAUUUGUAUCGCGUUAUCAGAUCCGACUGGUAAUUUUUCACAUUCUCAUAAAUGCACAUGUCCAACGCACUUUAAUCUAGCUUCAGACAACAAAACUUGUCUAGCACCAAGAAACUUUAUGAUUUACAGCACCCGAAAUCUAAUGGGAAGAUACUUACCCGACGCUAACGAUUGUCCCGAUGUAGUGAUGAAGAUUCAAGGCUUGAGGAACAUUAAAUCCAUCGACCUAGACCCAAUUACCCAACAUAUUUACUGGAUAGACGGUCGCUCAAUGUCAAUCCGCAAAACUCUAGAAAAUAAAACCCAUGCUUCCGUAAUCAUUUCUGGAGGAAAUGGCUUUCAUCCUUUUGAUCUGGCAAUUGAUCCCUUGGGGCGGUUGCUUUUUUGGUCUUGUACCACAAACGACGCUAUAAAUGUCACCAGAUUAGACAACGGAUCUGCUCUUGGGGUGGUUGUUAAAGGGGAGGGUGAGAGGCCCAGAAAUAUCGCAGUUCACCCGGAAAAAAGAUUGCUUUUUUGGACGGACGUUGGGGAAAAAAUGAAAGUUAUCCAAAGUGCGAUGGACGGCAAAGAUAGAAUCACUAUCGCUUCAGACCUAAAUCAGCCUACUAGCUUGGCUGUUGAUACCAUUUCUGACCUAAUAUUUUGGGCGCAUGGUCAUCAGAUUGAAGCUGCUGAAUUGGGUGGCAAUUCUAGAAGAGUUUUGAUUUCUAUUGACGAGCUUGGAGCUAUUGCAUACUUGGCAGUGUUUAAUGAGUUUGUAUACUGGUUCAACAGAGAGACUCAAAUUGUAGAGCGGGUGAAUGCAAGCUCAGGGAUGGAAAGACAGUCUGUGUUGAAUAGAAUGGUGACUGAUUUUAUCACUGUAAGAACUCCGGAGGAUCAGAUCAUGGAGAAUCAUGUUUGCAGUCCGUUCCAAGACUAUGGAGGCUGCUCGCAUUUUUGCAUUGGUACUGAUAAGCCUGCUAAGUGCUCUUGUCCGCAGUAUUUAGUGCUGGCGGAGGAUAGAAGAGUUUGCAGCGCUGCUUCUGCUUGCAGAGCGGAUCAUUUUACGUGUGCUGACUCUGGGUCUUCUGUUACUAAUGAUUGCAUCCCGGUGACUUGGAAAUGCGAUGGACAGACUGAUUGUGCUGAUGGAAGUGAUGAACUGGGGUGUCCUAGCUGUGCAAGGGAUCAGUUCAGGUGCCAGAGUGGGCAGUGCAUUGAUAAUUCUUGGGUCUGUGAUGGAAUUGUUCAGUGCCAGGAUGGCGGAGAUGAGGCUCAUUGUUGCCAGCCGGGGCAAUUUAGGUGCACGUUGACUUCGGUUUGUAUUGCGGGGAAUACUAUGUGUGAUGGGUGGGAUAAUUGUGCGGAUGGGAGUGAUGAAUCGCCAGCGGUGUGCUCGCCGAGUAAUAGAAGAGGGAUUAUUGGGUCAGUUGGAGCAGAGUCGGGGAAAAGCGCUUAUAUUAUUGUUAUUCUGGUGGUUGCGGGGGUGGUUACUAUUGCGGUGUUAGGGUUUUAUUACUGUAGGAAGAAGUUGGCGAGUAAUGAAGAAUUGCCGGAUAUUUUGCAUGAUUCUGCGGGAGAUCCGCUAUCGCCGAAACCGGGGAGGUCUGGGAAACCGAUGCUGGUGCAGAAAAAUGGAGUGAAGGAUCAUAAGAAUGGGCUUAAGACUGUGAGGAUGUCUACGUUGGCGGGGAGUAUUGGGUCUAGUUACGAUCGCAGUCAUAUAACAGGUGCAUCGAGCUCAACUAGAGGAAGUUCCGGUGGAGUUUAUCCGCAAGAGACAUUAAAUCCUCCACCAAGUCCAGCGACGACAGCAAACUCGACGAGGUGCUCCAGCAGCAACGCGUCACGAUAUCGUCCCUACAGACACUAUCGGAGUAUAAAUCAACCUCCACCUCCAACGCCUUGCAGCACAGAUGUUUGCGACGAGUCUGACUGCUAUUACCCAUCAAGGUAUAGGUAUGAAAGUGAGCCAUUUCCACCGCCACCCACGCCUAAAUCGGUGUAUCACAGCGACGCUGGUAUCAGCUGUCCUCCGUCACCUAGUUCGAGGUCUUCAACUUAUUUCAGCCCUCUUCCACCCCCUCCGUCGCCCGAGUUUGGAAAAUAAUUUGGUGCUUCCAUUCUUAGUACUCUAGGCUACUAAGUAAGACUUGAUAAGAAAAGCAAAUUAACAAAUUUAGAAAAAGAGCUUCAUAUCAACUAAAAAAAAUUAAAAUUAAGUUUGAUGAUACCAAGCAUUUAUAAAUUUUGUAACCGGUCUUAUUUUUUUAGAAAUUUCUCAUUCAAUAAUAUGAUACUUGUAUAUACUAUUUCUCAGGCCAUAUUUUAUUUAUUCUGGGUCUCUAUAAAUUAUUGUUGAUGUUAUUAUUAUCGGUUUUAUUUGUGUUGUAUUUGUCACUUUAGUUUUCAAGUUGUUUUGCUUUGAGGAAUUUUUUUUUUAUUGAGAUAUUUCUGAGAAAAUAAGACUUGAAGUCUAUAAAUUUGUAAAGUUGAUCGUUUUUUAAAUUUAAGUGUGUAAAAAUUAAAAUUUUCGGAGUUUUAUUACACACAAAAAAAAAUUAACUUGAAUCACGUGAAAAAUUCUUUAACUGAGAAAAUAACGAUUACUCUGAUCAGGUUUAAAUUCUUCUAUAAUUAAUUUAAAUCAGGAUGUUGUAGACCAAAAUUAUGUUAUGUUUUUUAUUUCAUUUAUUUUAACAUGCGACGUUUCGUCAGUUUUAUUCUGACAUCAUCAGGCACCUUAAAAUUUUACAAUAUAAAA